AUGAAAGCGACAUGGCUGAUCGUCAAUCUCGUCCUGGUGCUAAUACCAGGCGCCGCUUUAGGGAGCAAUAAUACAUCCUACAGUAAUAGCAUUGAUGUCUACGGGUACUCAAGUCCUACAGCAAAUGGACUUGAUAUUUCAUUAACGACUCCAUCUACAACAACAGCAACUGUUACUGAGGAUGCUUCAAUAUGUUCUUCAGCCGUAACCGUAACAGUCACACAACCAUGCUUGUGCUCGACAAGUACUUCGGCAACCACCAUUGUUAGUGCAUCGAAAACGACCGUCAUCUUGCCUACGACCACUUCGAGUACGACGGAGAUUACUACCAUCAUCUCUGCUUAUCCAACAAUAACGUCUACGAGCUGGUCCACUAGUACUUCUGCAAGCACGUCAACGAGCUUUUUCACAAGCUUUUCUACGAGUUUCUGGACGAGCUUUUCGACAAGUUUUUUUACGAGCUUUUCAUCAAGCACGUCCACAAGCACAGAAACUAUUAGUAUCUACCCUACUACGACGUCAACGAGCUUUUCUACAAGCGUUUCGACUAGUUUUUCAACAAGCACUUCUACAAGCACGUCCACAAGCACUAGCACUCUCACUGUCUACCCUACCACGAGCACGUCAACUAGCACCUCCACCAGUACAUCCACAAGUACUGAUACUAUCACGAUCUACCCUACCACGAGCACUUCCACAACCACAUACACUAUCACAGAAACCGAUUCGUGGAAGACUUCAUCCAGCUCCCAUUAUCGUCCAAGUACUGAAACAGUGACGGCCACGGAAACGUAUCUCACAACUUAUACAACGACUUCCUUAUCCACAGUCCCGAUCACUAUUUCGGAUACAAUUACUACAAGUACAAGCAAAUACAUUACCAUCACUACCACAGCAACAAUCUCGACUAUCAGCACAUUGCUCAGCACUUUUGCUACUACCGCCACUGUUAGCGAUACAGUCAUUGAUUCAAUGACAACUUCAAUAACUGUGUCCGCUACACCCAAGACCAUAACCACAACUAUUACAGAUACUGAGACGCUGUCCACUGCACCAACAACAGUCACUUAUAGUGUUAGCGUUUCGGUUUGUCCCAGUCUAAUCAUCAACCCAACAUAUACAGCACCUGGACCUUUACCGACAGACUACACUUGGGGUUGUCCACCGGGUUUUCUAUGUCAUCCCAGAAAUACGUCUCUCGGAGGGGGUGAUUGUAAUUUUGCAAUGGGACCUCCUGCUGAUUCAUACUACUGCUCACCAGAUGAGUGUAUCCCUAGCCCUAAACUCAUCAAUGAUACAAAUGAAACAUGGGGCAAGGGAUAUAAAUCGGAUAAUGUCGGCGUAUUCCCAGUGACUCCGGGAUAUUUCAACUUGAAUCCGACGGAGUUUGGAUUGAAUUAUAGCAUAUUCACAUUUCCAGAAGGCGAUGAGGUCAAUUACUCAUCUUUGUAUUAUCGCCGGGAAGUUUUGCUAGGAAAUCGAGACUAUAGUAGUGAAGAGAAAUCAAUCAUUUCCCUCAACAAAAGGCAGGCCACUGGAGCAGAGGACGUUCCGGCGGUAUGCUAUAACGAAUGCAAUAAUGCGCUCCUUGAAGCCGAGAACGAAGGCAAAACACCGGCACUUUGCCAGAGUUCGUCCAUCUUUAUGACCGAACUGACUGAAUGCAAUGAGUGUAUUUCUUACCAUGCAACUGGUCAAACAACGCUUGGGCCUCUUCCUGAAUUCGAACAGUGGUUAUUUUAUUGCACCUCAUUGGGUAUCACUACGUCUUCUAGCACAACGAGUACGAGCCUUUCUAGAUCGACCUCGAGCGUACCGUUGCUUCCAGAUUCAACUACUGGCAGCACUACUCCUACCGUAUCGAGUUUAAGUACCGCCUCAAGUUCAAGUAUUAUCUCAAGCUUCAGCACUACGUCGAGUUCAAGUACCACCUCAAGCUCUAGCUCCACCUCAAGCUCUAGUACUACCUCAAGCUCUAGUACUACCUCAAUUACAAGCACCAUCUCAGGUUCCAGUACUACCCCGAGCCUCACCACUAUCUUAGGCUCAAGUACUACUUCUUCAGCAUCUCAGACAACAGUGUUGACGACAGAAUCGUCGUCGUUGUAUCAAACAACGACUACUACAGGAACCUCAUUCAGUCUAUCAGCUAGUCAGACGACGCUAAGUACUGCUACGUCAACGUUUAGUACGGGCGUAACUGAAAGCACACCAUCUACUACAUCUAGUUCUAGUAUUACUGAAACGUCUACUAUACAACCUACAAGCUCAUCGACCUCAAGUAACAGUCCCGCAUCGAGCUUACUCUCAUCUACAACCUCGGAAGCAAGCAGCGAGAGCGGUACUCUCUCUUCAUAUACGCCUGUCAGUAUCAGUUCUGGGUUUGGCAGCAGUGAAGUUAUCCCCAUUACAUCUCUCACUGGCGGCGACAGCAGUACCACUGCCUCCUCACCCACUUCCGCAACUGUCAGCCCUGUAUAUGGCAGCAGCACUGGCGUAACUCCUCCGAUAACUACAGGUGUUAGUCGAACAUUGCCUGUAGCGUCUACAACGAGUACAUCUAGUGUGUACCAAGGUGCGGCACGACAGAACACUCAACCAUUAUCCGUAUGGGUCGCUGUCAUAAUAAGUACAGGAAUUUGGUUAAUAGUCACUGCCCUCUAG